AUGGCGACAACACCACGUGUAUCGGAGCGGUAUUCGGUGCAGACCAAUGCGAGUUCCAAUUCGGCUUCGGCUUCGACUUCGUCGCACGUCUACAGUCACACGCUCGCUAUGGUGGACGCGGGGUCUGGCGCAUCGUACUCGUUCGCUAGCGCAAGUAGUGGCGCAGAUGGAAUGCCGCCUGCUUUUUCCUCGAGGCGUACUUCGGCCAGCGUUCUCUCGAGCGCCGCCAGUUCGGCACAUCAAACAGCACUCAUGUCCACACCUUGCAGCACCAGAAAUACGUUGCCAGCUUCGGUACAGCGACAGAUGUCGUCGAGCUCAAGUACAGCACCCAGCAUAACAGGCAGGAUCGCUUCGUUGGCCUCAACCUCAACACCUCUGGAUGAGCCAAAUUCAUCGUACAAUUCGUCCGUUCAUCCUAACCGCUCGUCGGUGGUUCCGGAUAUCGUCGAACGACCACGCGACAAGACGCGCCAAGCCGAAGUUGGCAUGUCGUCGCUCAGCUUUCUAUUCGGCGAGAUAGUGAGCUACACGCAGAACAGGGUGACUGGCGUGAGCGAGCUCGAAAAGCGGUUGAGCUUGAUCGGGUAUACGAUCGGACAGAGGGUGUUGGCGAUCACGCUGCACAGACAGGAAAUGACGAGCAACGCCAAGAACCCCAAGAGAGAAACGCGCUUGCUGCCCGUAUUGCUCUGGAUCCACACGGCGUUUUGGAAAGCAGCGUUUGGCAAACCGGCCGACAGCCUAGAAAGGAGCACCGAACAGGGCAGAGCCGAUGAGUAUAUGAUCUCGACCAACGUCCCCUGCUUCAGUAGGACCAUCUGUGUGCCCAACGACAUGUCGCAGCUCUCGGUUGAGGCGAUCACCGCCGGCAUGGUGGAAGCGGCGUUGGAUGGGCUCGGCUUCCCAGCCAGAGUCACCGCUCACACUGUUCCAACGCCGCAGUUUCCAAAUAGAACCACGAUCUUGAUCAAGCUCGACAAGGCUGUCAUGGAUAGAGAGGACGCUCUGGCUGCUGUAUAG